CCUGUUGUGGCACGCCUCGUCUGCAGUAGUCGGGUUGUUUUAGGCUGUUCGUGAUAUUCGUUUGUCGGGAUUUUCAAGAUGGGAGCGGUGGGCUUAAUAUCGCUUGUAAUAGCUGUUUUAGCGGUGCUGUUCGGAGAGAGGGUGGUCAACUUUAGGAAAAAGACCCUCGCGUCUAGAGAGCUGGUCCAGAAUCACCUCCCCAACUGUGUUGCACUUAAAAACAUGGAUUAUGGGUCAGAGGAUAUAACCAUCCUUGCAAACGGGCUUGCCUUCAUCAGUGCUGGUUUGAAGUACCCCGGAAUGCCGUCCUCCGAUGUUACAGGAAAGAUCUUCCUCCUUGAUCUGCAAGAUCCUCGGAUUAAACCAGUGGAGCUGCGCAUGCCAAGAAACUUUGAUCUGGACUCAUUCAAUCCUCAUGGCAUCAGUGUUUACACCGAUCCAAGUGAUGACACAGUAUACCUGUUUGUUGUGAAUCAUCCUCAUCACAAAAGCCAAGUAGAGUUGUUUAAAUUUGUGGAGGAAGAAUUCUCACUGCUGCAUCAAAAAACCAUAAAACAUGAACUUCUCCACAGUGUUAACGACAUUGUUGCCGUGGGAGUGGAUAGCUUCUAUGCCACCAAUGAUCACUAUUUUUCCCAUGAAAUCUUUAAAGCUGUGGUGGAGCCUUUGCUGGCUCAGCCUUGGGCUAAUGUUGUGUACUACAGUCCUGAGAAAGUAGAAGUGGUCUCUGAGGGAUAUUACUUUGCAAAUGGCAUCAAUAUCUCACCAGACAAAAGGCACAUAUAUGUGGUAGAUCUGUUUGACCACAAUGUGCAUGUGUUGGAGCGGAAAGAAGACAAUGCAUUGGCCCCCGUGAAGUCCGUGGCUGUGGGUUCACUCUGUGACAACGUUGAAGUUGACCCUGAAACUGGUGGCCUGUGGUUAGGCUGUCACCCUAACGGAUGGAAAGCUUUCAUGUUUGACCCCAAGGAUCCACCUGGAUCAGAGGUCAUCCACAUCCAGAACAUUCAUUCAGAGAAGCCAGUGGUGACUCAGGUGUACGCUGACAAUGGUCAAGUGAUCAUGGGCUCCUCUGUAGCAGCUCCUUAUGGGGGAAAGUUGCUCAUUGGCACAGUGUUCCAUAAAGCCUUAUGCUGUGAUUUGAAGUAGGCUGUGACUCUUUAACAUAUGAUACUUAGAAAGCAGAAGAAUCUAUAUUUAAUCAAGUUCGGUUCAAGAAAAGGAAAACAUGAUGUGCUUCUUUGCUAGACUAUAAAUCAGGCGGGGAAAUUAUGAUUUGAAUGAUUAUAUACAUGGAUAUUACAGCACUACUACUACUACUGUUACUGUUAUUGCAGAGAAAAUUCUUGAUCCUAUUGUACUUAACAGAAUCUCCCAGAGGAGCUGGAGGAAGAUAGAUGACUGGUGUUUACAUGUUUGUAUAGUAGUGAGCCCUGCUACUGCAGCAUAUUUGAAAAUGGUGUCAGACAUUGAAGUUACUGAACUGCCUAAAUACUUGAACAGCUAUGAUUAAGUACUUGGAAAGUAAUAUUUUUCAAACAUGUAAAAAGUUCAUAUAAUUGCCUUGGUCACUUGAAAAUGUGAAAUCUUACAUAUGAAGCACAUGUAACUUGAAAAAAUUGGUCACAUUUAACCCAUGUAUUUGAAUGUAAAUAAAGCAAUAAAGAGUCAAACUGCU